UCCAGUAUCAGCCUCACAAAUUGCGCUUUUUCAGUGUCAACCCUUCACAGACCAAAACAACAAACCAAAAUAGAAUUCUAAUUCCCAUGGACACAAACACAAGUAAAAAACAUUACUAAGAGACCACAUCGUUGGUUGUUGUAGUGAGAGAGAGAAAAUGACAAGUGCUAGGAGAGUGGGCGUGGCGGUUGAUUUCUCAUCGUGCAGCAUCAAAGCACUGCAAUGGACGGUGGAUAACGUGGUAAAAGAAGGAGAUCAUCUCGUUCUUAUCGUGGUUCGCCACGCUUCCAAUUACGAGCACGGCGAGAUGCAGCUCUGGGAAACCACUGGUUCACCUCUGAUACCUCUGUCUGAGUUCUCUGAACCUGCGGUCAUGAAGAAAUAUGAAUUCAACCCCGACCCCAAUGUAAUUGAUAUAGUCCAAACUGCUGCCAGGCAAAAAAAUAUUAUGGUAAUAAUGAAGAUCUAUUGGGGAGAUGCUCGUGAGAAGUUAUGUGAAGCGAUUGAUCAGGUACCUCUAGACUACCUUACCCUCGGCAACAGAGGCCUUGGACCUCUCCAAAGGGUCAUAAUGGGCAGCGUCAGCAACUACGUGGUGAAUAAUGCCACCUGUCCUGUCACUGUGGUCAAGAGUUAAGACCACAACCAUUAGUUUCUUCAUUAAUUUUCUAAUUUAAUGUAGGAAUAAUCAAACUAUUCUACCUCGUUUUGUUCAAGUACCUGCUGUGCGUGUAUUCAUUCAACUUGUUUCUGAAAUGACUUUUUCAAACUAUAGGAAAAGGAUGUUAUAUUAAUUGUAAUACUAUUUUCAUCAUCCAAACAUAAAUAAAUAAAGACAGAGGUGUACCAGCAAUAAGACGAUAUUGUUUUAUUUUGGGUAGAAAGUUGUGGAAUUUAAUGAAUUGAAUGUAUGUUUAGAAUUAGAGUUGAGUGUGGUUGGAGAAAACAUUUUUGUAGUUUGUAUAUUUUGCUAGGAAUAUAUGAGUUUUUGAUGCUUUAUCGUAAUGGUGCAAGAAUGUGACUCACAUAUGGGAAACUCACAUAUUUUGGUUGAAGAAAAAAGUAAUGACAAGGGUGGUCAGAAUGUGGAAAAAGGUGUUGGUGGAACUAGUGAUCUUAUGGAACAUGACCACAACAUGCAGUUUGAAUCUGAGGUUACAUACAAUAAAGCAAUAUGUAUAAGCAAACGAAGGAAGAACAAUGUAUAGAUUCAAGAGUCGUACCGUAACAACUCCAUAUGCUGGAUAUGAGAGCAAAAGACACUAACGUAUGUAGUAAAAGUUGUCAUUUGUGUAAAGUUGAAUAGAAAAAGAUGACUUUGUUCAUUUUAUUUCCCGAAAUUGUUGUAAAGUUUAAUACAAGAAAAUUCAUUGUAAUAUUUUAUGUUAAUGCACAUAUUUAUGUUGGUUUCCA